AUGGAUUCUGAUGAGAUUAUGGGCUCUGAUCCCCAUCGACCAGAUCAAGUAGAAGAUCUAGAUGAAAAGUACCCCAAUAGACCUCACAAUCGAGGCCCAACUCUUCCAUUCCAUGAUCUCUACUUAAAUCUCUUCAACCCACUGAGUGAAAUAAAGAAGAAACCAACAGGCCCGGCCCCCGCUCGUCGGAAAUUUGGCCCACACGGUAAAAGCGCCGCGGGACUGAACCCAUACGAGCGCCGGCGCGAUGUGAUCGAGCGCUUCAUUUCACGGUGGCGCAAUGACGUCGGCGACGAUAUUUAUCCAGCUCUUCGCCUAAUUCUCCCCGACAAGGAUCGCGACCGACCAAUGUACGGACUUAAAGAAAAGAUCAUCGGAAAGAUGCUCGUCAAAAUCAUGAAGAUCACCAAAGAAUCGGAAGAUGGCUAUAAUCUUAUGAAUUGGAAGCUGCCUGGUCAAGGCGCCACAGCACAUAUGGCAGGAGACUUUGCCGGGCGUUGUUAUGAUGUGCUCUCAAAGCGACCUAUGCGGACUGAUCCGGGUGAUAUGACUAUUGAUGAGGUGAAUGAGAAGCUGGAUAAGCUUUCGGCUGCGUCAAAAGAAGACGAGCAGCUACCUAUUAUGAAGGAGUUCUACCUUCGCAUGAACCCCGAGGAGCUUUUGUGGCUUAUUCGAAUUAUUCUUCGGCAGAUGAAGGUUGGUGCUACGGAACGGACUAUGUUCAAUGUUUGGCAUCCCGACGCGGAAAAUCUGUACAGUAUCUCGAGUAGUCUGCGGCGAGUUUGCUGGGAGCUUCACGAUCCUAAUAUUCGGCUUGAGGGGGAGGAACGUGGCAUUGCUGUUAUGCAAUGCUUCCAGCCUCAGCUGGCACAGUUUCAGAUGCAUUCCUUUGAGAAGAUGAUCAGUCGAAUGAAGCCUACAGAGGAUGAUGAUGUCUUUUGGAUUGAAGAGAAGUUGGAUGGAGAACGGAUGCAACUCCACAUGACGCCCGACGACGCGUUGGAGGGAGGCCGAAGGUUCGGAUUUUGGUCUCGCAAAGCCAAAGAUUACACGUAUCUUUACGGGCAUGGUGUCCACGAUGACAAUAGUGCUUUAACGAGGCAUCUUAAGGAUGCUUUUGCCGAUGGGGUGCAAAGUAUCAUUCUUGACGGUGAGAUGAUCACUUGGAAUCCCGAACAGGAUGCCAUCGUCCCGUUCGGCACCCUCAAAACUGCGGCACUGGCAGAACAGCGCAACCCCUUCUCCAACGGCCCACGGCCGGUGUUCCGCAUCUUUGAUAUCCUACAUCUCAACGGGCGAGAUCUAACGAAAUACACCCUUCGCGAUCGACGCAAUGCAUUGCAGAAGACUGUUCGAUCUGUCCAUCGUCGGUUUGAGAUUCAUCCCUAUCAAGAAGCGACCACAACCGCAGAGAUUGAAACAGCGUUGCGAACCGUUGUUGCCGAAGCAUCAGAGGGUCUCGUUCUGAAGAACCCUCGCUCUCCCUAUCGCCUGAACGAACGCCAUGACGACUGGAUGAAGGUAAAGCCAGAAUACAUGACUGAAUUUGGCGAGUCACUCGAUGUGGUUGUGAUUGGCGGAUACUACGGUUCAGGUCAUCGAGGAGGCGCCCUAUCCAGUUUCCUCUGUGGUUUACGAGCUGAGGAAACUGCUCGUGGAUCAGAAGCUGAAUCUAUGAAAUGCUGGUCUUUCUGCAAAGUAGGUGGUGGAUUCACCGCAGCUGACUAUCAAGAAGUUCGACACCACACGGAUGGCAAGUGGAAAGAGUGGGAUGUGAAGAAGCCUCCGGUCGAGUAUAUCGAAUUGGCCGGUGGAGAUGCCCAAAUCGAACGCCCAGAUAUGUGGAUCAAGCCUUCUGACUCGGUUGUGCUGUGUGUGAAAGCUGCAUCAGUGGCAGUGAGUCCGACAUUUCGCAUGGGAUUAACAUUGCGUUUCCCUCGCUUUAAAAGACUGCGCAAGGAUAAGGAUUGGAAGAGUGCCCUUUCCGUUCAGGGCUUCCUUGAUCUGAAGUCUAACGCAGAGCAGGAGCACAAAGAGAAAGAGUUUUCUGUAGAUAAUUCUCGGAAGAAGCGAGUGAAGAGAACUACUAAGAAACCUAUGACGGUUGCGGGAUAUGAUAAGGAAGUUAACUUGCAGGACCUUGGUCCGUCUGGGCAUGUAUUUGAUGGACUCAACAUUUUCAUCAUGAGUGAGUCGACCGUUCCAGAAAAGAAGUCGAAGCCCCAACUGGAACACCUGGUGAAAGCCAAUGGAGGCAAUAUUUACCAGGCCAAGAUAGCCGCAGAGGAUAUGAUCUGUGUUGCCGAGCGAAGAACGGUUAAAGUAGCUUCGCUGCAGAAGAGUGGAGAUCAAAACAUCAUUCGACCAUCUUGGCUUCUCGAUUGUGUCAAGCAAAACGAAAAGGAUGCAGGAUUGCCCGACUUCCUUCUGCCAUGUGAACCCAGCCAGAUGAGCAAGAACCAGAACGAAACCAACAGCCCUCUUGACCAAGCCAGCAUACGAAGGAUCAAAUCCCAAAUCCAAGACAAAGUGAAUGCAGGCUACACAGCACCGUGCGGCUGGCUCUUCCAAGAUCUCACCUUUUUAUUCUACGCCCACUCGAAUGAAACCAACGAUGAUGGACCUGUAACCAGUGCAAAGCUCCGUCUCCAGCUCGCUCAGAACACGGCCCGAUUCGCAGGCGCAAAAAGUGCCCCUUCUUUAGACGACUCGCACAUCACACAUGUUGUGGUCGAUACAAAGACUUCCGUGCCAGCUGACAUCCCAUCUCUACGGAAAUCUCUGUCUGAGAAUUUGGACAGAAAACUACCGCAUAUUGUUAGUGUUGAGUGGGUUGAGGAGUGUUGGAAGAACGGGACUUUGCUGGAUGAAGACAGUAAGUUCUGA